AUGGGGUUUAGGCAGAUUCUCAAGAUUCUCUUGGAUGAUAGACAGAUUCAUGAAAAAUGGUGCAUAACGCAGGAUAAGUGGAUUAAUGGUGAAAAUGGUGAAGCUCGAGCGCGCAGUGCAGGGAGUUUCCAAGGUGGUUGCAUUCGUGAAGCCAUGAUUGAAGCUUUUGUUGUUAAAGACCAUCUUGGCGAAUUGUACAAGAAACAUCACCCACCAAUGUUGGGAGAUGAAGUUUGGCGGCUAGAAAAGAUUGGUAAGGAUGGAGCAUUCCAUAAAAAGCUAGCAUAUGAAGGGGUUAACACUGUCCAAGAUUUCUUGAAAAUGUCGGUAGUUGAUCCACCCAAGCUUAGAAAGAUUUUAGGGCCUGGAAUGUUUGAGAAAAUGUGGGAUGUCACAAUCAAGCAUGCCAAAACUUGUGUUAUGGGCAAUAAAUACUAUGUUUUUCAAGGCACUAAUUAUAGAAUCUUCUUAAACCCCAUUUGUCAACUUGUGAAAGCAGAGAUUAAUGGGACUACAUAUCCUAUACAAACCCUAAGUAGUAUCAACAGAGGUUUUGGUUUUGAUUUUAAAUCUUAUGUCCACCCAAUCUAUAAUGCAAUAAUGUCCCGCUUGACUAACCAAGAUCAAGAUCAGACUGAAGUCAUUGCUACGGAUGAUACGAAUGACAUAAUGAGAGGUACCAUGAAGGUUGCAUUGGUUGGUGGUGCACCACCAGUAAUGCAAAAACUCUAG